AUAUUUGUUUCCUCUGUGCGUGACGCAUCCAUGUCAAACAUACGAAAGUGUUCUCACUGAUAAUUGGCGUUGUGCGAUAGGUAUGGACACCGCGUAUUAACAAAGUUCAUUGCACGUGAGUAGGAAAAUGUAAAAACGUUGUUGAUGAGCACGUGCGAUGGCGAGCAAGGCGCUAACGACCCUGGCGGGGCCCACGACUGGGGCUCCAACGCACACCCCGUCAGCCAGCCCAUCUUUGCCAACAUUCCCAACCACUGCAGUUUACACCACCACGGCCUCCCCUGACAACACCACCACUGCAAAACCAUCGACGGAAGAUGAUGGCUUCUGCAAACUCAUACUCUACAUGGAGAUCGGAGACUCCAGGGUGCGAGUAUGGGACCUUUUGCUGUUGUUGCCCACUGUCCUUUUUCUAAUAGGCCUUCUCAUCAAAAUCAACAGUGCAAGACUCAAACUGCGUGCUGUCCACAGCCCUAUAUAUGCUACCUUUUAUGGUCUGAUUUGGCUAAACACUUUGGUGUCUGUUACGAGAUGUGUUGUGUCCAUGACUGUUAAUGCAGCCACCCCAUCGGGAGAUGUAGCUAACAAGCUGUUGUAUGUCAUCGUUCGUUUCUUUUUAUUAGCUACUGAGAUGAGUGUUGUCGUCUUUGCCGUCUUUUUUGGACACUUAGACAACAAGACCAGCAUUAGGCGCGUCCUGGUGGUCACCUCAAUGAUUGCCCUGCCGUACUCUGUGGUGCAAGGGGCACUGGAGGUCCUCACGCCAGACCAAGACUUCUAUGUUCCUGCCAAGGACUAUGACCUCUUUGGUCACGGUGGAUCGCUCUUUUGGAUGAUAUCAUCCAUUGUCUUUACGCUGAUCUACUCAUUCAUCUUGGUGUUGAGACUGGACUGGCUGAGAAAGCGUUUCUUAUUCCUUCUGUGGAUGCCAAUGAAACGUGCCUUUUACGUGUACCUUGGGUUCCUAGCUGGUCUUAACCUAAUCCAGAGCAUUGGGAGUGGCCUCUACCAUGCUCAUAUUGCUGUGGGUUUGUGCCUAGUCAAUGCCACCACCUGGACUUACUUUUCCCUCCUGACACCCCUUAUAUACUACACAUUCAUAUCAGAAUUUUUUGGUCAGAAAAGUCGGGAGCAAGUUGAGAACAUUGUUUUCUCAUAUAAGUCUGAAGAUGAUGAGGACACCAGUUCCCUACCUCUUCCGGGUGCUGAGUUUCCACAGCAAAAUAUUUACCAGUCUGGAAGUGCUCCAUACAGCAGCCUGUCAGAAGAGGUUGGGAGUGAUGGCCAGACUCCAGUUAAUCCCUUAUACUCCGCUUCCCUCCAGAGCCCAGACUCCAUCACUGGAUAUUCCAUCAACUCCGUCGAUGAUAUUACUAUUAAUGCUUAUAAUAAGUCUCAGGCACAGUGAAACUGGUCAUAAUCAAUGUAAAGUGUGCAGAUUUGCAUCAGUAGACCAGAAUAUUUGGUCUUAAAUGUAUGUGAUGUUACUCUACAAUCCAAAGACUUUGAUAAGGACACAUUGGAAGAACAAUGUUGAAAACUUUGUUUUAAUUGUGUAAAUGAACGAAUGGUGUCUAUUUUAAUUGUGGAAGUGACUGAAUGAAUUGUCUUAAUUAUGUAAGGGAAUUACUGAAUAUGUGUAUGUAAAUGAAUAUGUGGGAAAGAGCAUUUAAUAUAGUGAAUGACUGAAUGAAUAAGUGAACAACCAUAUUAUUAUUAUUAUUUUUUUUUUUUUUUUGUGUGUGUGUGUGUAAGUGUUUGAAUUUGUUGGUGGACAUGUGUGUGUAUGUAUGUGUUUGUGGACAUG